AUGUCAUCACAUGAAAAUUUCAUCGGAUUCAUUAAAAGCUCACUCAAAUAUGUUGCAAUAGCUUUGGUCUUGGGAUUAAUUGUCUGGAGUCUAUUGAACAAAGCCUCCAACUCACGUCGCAGGAAAGCUCAACUUAGUAAGAAGAAAGCCCACACUUCAGCACGUAUAGAAAGGAUCAGAAGGCGAUUAGCCAGCCUACCAAAACCAGUUAAUAACUUUCUAUCUUAUGUUGAUAAAGAUUUAUCAGAAGUAUGCGAAGAAAUGCAGAAAGGCAGUAUAACUCCUGUUGAUUUGUUGCACGCAUAUCAAACAAAAGCCCUAGAAUUGUUUGACAAAGGAAAUUCCGGCAUUGCAGAUUUCAUUGAAGAGGCAGAAGAACAAGCCACUGUACUUGAAAAUACAAAGAAUGAAGAAGUGAAGUCUCCAUUAUAUGGAGUUCCAGUCAGCAUCAAAGAGACAUGUUCUGUUUCUGGAUAUGACUGUACGAUGGGUACUGCGAAGUUAUGCAAUGUAGCAUGUCAGUCAGAUUCUGUGAUUGUUAAAGCCUUGAAGAAUGUUGGUGCGGUUCCUUUUGUGACAACUGCAACUUCUCAAGUCUGCAGUUCUCUGGAUGGCUUUAAUCCUGUAUGUGGUGAAGUAAGUCACCCAUUUAAUAAAUCUCGCAUUCCUGGAGGAAGUUCUAGUGGUGAGGCUGUACUGCUGGCUCUCCAUGGUUCCCCCAUCGGUAUAGGAACAGAUCUUGGAGGAAGUAUUAGAAUUCCUGCCUCUUUCUGCGGUUUAGUCAGUUUGAAACCCACAACAGUUAGAAUCAGUAACCUAGAUAUUGUGUCGAGUUGUGAUACUUCAGUAAUAUAUCUGAAGCCAUCCAUCGGACCAAUGGGGAGGAAAGUAGAAGAUCUAGUUCGUUUCAUGCGUGCGCUAUUAUCUCCUGCAAUGUUUGAUUUGGAUCCAUAUGUAAUGCCCACACCAUUCGAUGAUGUGUUGUAUUCAGGAAGUCAAAAGCGUAGUUUAGUGAUUGGUUUCUACGAUAACUUCAAUGACCCAAACAUCAUUCCUGUUUUGAAAGUCAAUCAGAUAGCCGUCAAUAAAGCAGCCAUAGCAUUGAAAAAAGCAGGCCAUCAAAUUGUACAGUUUACCGUCCCCAAUCCCUAUCGGGCAUAUAUCUUGGGACUGCGUGCAAUGUUUGCAGAUGGAGGUCUAAUAGUCCGGAAGCAACUUCAUGGAGAGUCCGUUGGACCUCAGUUACGUUCCCUUGACCUCCUGCUUCGUUUCCCAAACUUCUUGAGGCCUUUGGCAGAUAUCCCAUCUAGAUAUCUGGUUGGAAAACCACCAUCAGUAGCACACACUACAAAAAAAUUGAGAACUGGUGAGGAAGCUCUCAACAUUGUUGCUGAAUUGAAUGCAUAUCGAAAUGAGUUUUCCAAAGCUUGGUCUGACGCGGGUCCUCUAGAUGCUCUUAUUUGUCCCAUAACUCCAUAUCCUGCUCCGCCCAAAGAUGCUUCAUCGUCGUUCAUUAAUCCUUCGGUUGUUUAUGCCAUUAUUUACAAUGUAUUGGAUUAUCCUGCAGGUACAGUACCUGUAGGCAGUGUUCAUAAAUCCGAUGUUGAGGAAUCCCUAAACAUAGCUCAGUCGUUGUAUCUUGAGGGCGAAAAGUAUGCAUCACAGGUGUUCAAACUGCUAAAAGAUGGUGAAGGCCUUCCACUUUCAGUUCAGGUUGUCAGUAAGCCAUAUCAUGAGGAAACUGUUUUGAGGGUGAUGCAUGAAAUAGAGGAGUAUAUCAACCAAGUUGGCCAGUGAUAACUGAUGUAAACUAUAACUGUUUAUGUUGAUUACUUGUUGUUAGGGUUUGUUUUGCAUUUCAGAUGGUUGUAUUUGUUUCACAC